GUCACUUCGACACCGAUGGCGGUGUUCUUGUGGUGUUUUGUUUUCCUGAGCUUUUCGAGCUUCACAGUUCGCGUUCGAGGCCAGUUUGAUUCUCUAGGUUUCAUCAGUAUCGAUUGCGGUGUUCCCGAAAACUCUAGCUAUGCAGACUCCACCACCACAAUACCAUAUACCUCCGACUUCGGAUUCACUGACACUGGAGUGAACCACAACAUAUCCGCAGAAUACCUUACGCCCGGGCUCUCCCGACGUUAUUGGAACUUACGAAGUUACCCGACAGGAACCCGAAAUUGCUACACCUUGAGAUCACUAGUAGUCGGAUUGAAGUAUCUAAUCAGGGCAGGGUUCAUGUACGGGAACUACGAUGGGCUGAAUAAGCUCCCGAUAUUCGACCUCUAUCUCGGGGUUAAUUUUUGGAAAACAGUGAAUAUCUCCGAUCCGGGUUCGGGGACGUUGAUUGAAGUGAUCACGGUCGCGCCGGACGAGUUUAUGCAGGUGUGUUUGGUGAAUACCGGGGGUGGGAUUCCUUUUAUAUCCGUGCUCGAUCUCAGGCCUCUUAAGAACAUUCUUUAUCCGGCCGUUAAUGCUACACAAUCUCUGGUUUUGUUCCGGCGACUCAACGUGGGGCCAACGAAUGAUGUGGCGUUCAGGUACCCGGACGACGCGCACGACCGGAUAUGGAUCCCGUGGAGCAACGCGCCGUUCUGGACGGAGCUGUCGACGAACUCGACGGUGCAGAACAUCGCGGACGACCACUUCGAGGCGCCCUCGGCCGUGCUGCAGACGGCCGCCGUGCCCGUCAACUCCUCCGCCCUGGAGCUCUACUGGGACUCCGCCGACGCCGGCGCCACCUCCCCCAACGCCGCCGCCGCCGCCCCCCCGCAGUUCUUCGCCGUCCUGCACUUCUCCGAGCUGCAGCUCCUGCCCGCCAACGCCGCCCGGCAGUUCAACAUCUUCCUCAACGGCAAGCUCUGGUACGGCCUGCCCUUCACCCCCGAGUACCUCUACUCCGACGCCGUCUACGGCACCAACCCCACCGCCGGCUACCGCCGGUACAACGUCUCCAUCAACGCCACCGCCAAUUCCACCCUCCCCCCGCUCCUCAACGCCCUCGAGGUCUUCUACGCCAUGCGCGUCGCCGACCUCGCCACCGACGCCGCCGACGUUGCUGCUAUCACGGCGGUCAAGCAAAUGUAUCAAGUUAAGAGAAACUGGAUGGGCGAUCCGUGUGCUCCAAAAUCUUUUGCAUGGGAUGGGUUGAAUUGUAGUUACGCCAUCUCCAGUCCUCCACGGAUAACAACUCUUAAUCUAGAAUCCAGCGGAUUGAAUGGAGAAAUAGCAACUUCUUUGGCCAGUCUUAAAGCACUUCAGUACCUGGAUUUGUCGCACAACAAUUUGACAGGGUCCAUACCUGAUGCUUUAUCGGAGUUACCGUCACUUGUAUUCCUAGAUUUGACAUAUAACCAACUAAACGGAUCAAUUCCCGCAGGCCUACUUAAAAAAUCACAAGAUGGGUCACUUACGUUAAGAGUUGGAAAUAAUUUAAAUCUUUGUAACAACGGUGAUUCAUGUGUGCUCACAAAAUCAAAGAAGAGUACACCGACGGCUGUUAUCGUGAUUGUUCCAAUAGUCGUGGUAGUGCUACUGGUGGCAGUGAUACUAGUAAUGUGCAGAAUAAGGAAACAAAGAGGCUUAGCAACAGGCACCUCUGUGAAGCCGCAGAAUGAAGAAAAUUACUCCAGAAGGGAAAACAAUAAUGACGACCACUCGUUGCAAUUUGAGAACAGGCAGUUCAUGUACAAGGAGUUAGAGAUAAUAACGAAUUACUUUGAGCGAGAAAUAGGCAGAGGAGGAUUCGGGAAGGUCUAUGAUGGCUUCUUGGAGAAUGGUACUCAAGUUGCGGUGAAGAUGCGCUCUCAGUCAUCUCAUCAGGGAGUAAAAGAAUUUCUUUGUGAGGCCCAGCACUUAACAAGGGUUCAUCACAAGAACCUGGUUUCGCUGAUUGGCUACUGUAAGGAUGGAGACUACCUGGGACUUGUUUAUGAGUACAUGGCUGAAGGGACCCUCCAAGAACAUCUGAGAGGUAGAACUUCUGGAGCUAGACCUUUGACAUGGGGACAGCGGCUCCGAAUUGCACUUGAAUCUGCUCAAGGGCUGGAGUAUUUGCACAAGGGAUGCAAGCCUCCACUAAUUCACAGAGAUGUCAAGACCAAUAACAUACUCUUAACCGCAAAUCUAGAGGCUAAGAUAGCUGAUUUUGGGCUGUCCCGGGCAUUCAACAAUGAUACAAGCACAUCAGAAUCCACGCCCACAGCAGUGGUCGGCACCCCAGGAUACAUAGAUCCUGAGUAUCAUAACACAUUCCAUCCAAGUGAGAAGACCGAUGUAUACAGCUUCGGCGUGGUUCUCCUGGAGGUCAUAACGGGCCAAUCCCCCAUUCUGCCCGGAUCCGAUGGUGUCCACAUAGUCCAAUGGGUUCGCCAAAGGCUUGCUAGAGGGAACAUAGAGGGUGUUGUAGAUUCAAGAAUGCGAGGAGAAUAUGAUAUAAACUCGGUCUGGAAGGUUGCAGACGUGGCAUUGAAGUGCACCGCGCAAUCCUCGAGCCAGAGGCCGCUGAUGCCGGAAGUCGUGAUGCAGCUAAAAGAAAGCUUGGAAUUGGAAGAAGCUAGCGGCAGGAGCCAUAACUUCUACUCAGGAAGCAUUAAUCCAUAUUCGAGGAGCGAAAACAUCUAUACAGAAGUUAGCGAUGUUAGCCAGAACAGUGCUUUCGAAGUGGAAAAUGUGGUGGAAGUAUCAGCAAGUGGUCCGGCGGCACGAUGAGAUCAAUUCACCCUUUUUGUCCUUCCCACUAUUCUUCCUUCUGUGUGUAGUUUUUCGUAAGUAAGGUAUUCAAAAACGAGAAUAACAUGUUUGAACUUGAUUUCCUGUUGAGCAUGCUUAGAGUAUAGGUAUGGUAUGUUAUUUUCCGAAUUGUAAACAUGUCCUGUUUCCUGUAUACUCAUGAUCCCGAGCUAUCAUGUUUUAAGUGGUCUUUUUCUUUUUACAACUUAA